AUGGUUGCAAAAAACCUAACCGCACCUGGUCCCCUUUCUCCUUGCCGACAACCAACUACAAGGAAGCUAAAGGGGGGAGGUGGCCAUUGCCCCUCCUCCCUUCCUCUCCUCAUCUCCCCUUCUUUUUCUCCUAUCUUUCCCUUCCUCUUAUCCCUUCUUCUCCUCUCCUUCCCCUCCCCAUAUAUUCUAGAUAUGUUUGGAUUUAGGUUUGUGACUAGUAUUGUCUUUGUCUCGGCGGCGACGACAGUAGUGAAGCUGGAUUGUGUCUCUCAUCGGGAGAGUUGUGAUACUUGGUGGCUGAUGUUUUGUCUAUGUUUCAACGGUGGUGGCAGCAUCGACGCUGGUGGUAGUUGUUGGAAUGUGGUGCUCUUCUCUACUCUGUGCAGAUCGAAGAGCUAUACUUGGUCAUAA